CGACCUCCGUCAGAAAUGGGGAACGUGCAGUCGGAGCCGUCCGCGGGCGGGGGCUCCCGGAAAGAGCAGGCCUCGGACCGCUCCUCUGAGUCCCGCCGGAAGUCCUUGGCGGAGCCCGAGGUGACCCCCUCCUCCCCUGCCAGACGCCUGGCUCGCGGGCUGGGCGUUUGGUUCCCUGGCAGCUCAGCGCCCCCGGGACUCCUCGUACCCCCAGAGCCCCAGGCCUCACCCUCGCCCCUGCCCUUAGAGCUGCCCUCGCCAGUGACGCCCCCUUCAGAGGAGGUGGCUGUGGCUGUGGCUGCAGUCUCCACACCACCCCCACCCCCGGUGGGGACCUUGCUGCCCGCGCCGUCUAAGUGGAGAAAGCCCACGGGCACUCCGGUACCCCGGAUACGCGGUCUGCUGGAGGCAAGCCAUCGCGGCCAGGGCGACCCUCCAAGCCUCCGCCCGCUGCCGCCACCGGCCCUGCCACAAACCGAAGAGGACUCUGACCCUGUCUCGAGGGCCCCAUCCCCGACCCCGCCACCCUUGGAGCCCCCAAAGCCUCUGCCUUUCGAUCGACAACCCUCAGACAGCAGAAUCAGUCCUCCUCUGACUACACCCACCGAACCCCCCACAGCAAGCCAGGUCCGGCGCGACAGCGAGCGCCAAACUGCCGGCGGGGCCUGCGGAGGGGCGCUUCCUCAAGGAGGCGAGGGUGAAAUGGCCCAGCCUGCGGCCUCCGAGUCCGGCUUGAGUCUGCUGUGUCAAGUCACCUUCAAGUCAGGGCCCCCUUUGCCCCCUGCGGCAGGCUCGAGUUCCUUGGUCGCCAAAGUCUCGCUCGGUGGCGGUGGAGGCAGGGGACUCUUCACCGCGGCCUCGGGCGCCAUCUCUUAUGCCGAGGUCCUGAAGCAAGGGCCCCUGGCUCCUGGGGUUGCUCGCCCCCAAGGAGAGGUCCCUCGGGGGACCCAGGAAGUGGAGGGUGGUAAUGGAGACAGCGAGGGGUGCUCUGGGCCCUCCUCGGCACCUGCAUCCUACGCCCGGGCUCUUCCGCCACCACCCUACACCACCUUCCCAGGCUCAAAGCCCAAAUUUGACUGGGUGAAUCCUCCAGACGGUCCUGAACGCCACUUCCGCUUCAACGGGGCUAGCGGAGGCAUCGGGGCCCCCAGACGGCGCGCAGCCCCGUUCUCAGGCCCCUGGGGCUCCCCACCGCCUCCGCUAGGGCAGAUACAUCCAGCUCCGGGGCCCAGGAGGCCCGCACCCGCCGUGCUGGCGCCACCUAUGUUCAUCUUUCCAGCGCCCACCAAUGGCGAGCCCGUGCGCCCCGGGCCUCCCGGCCCACUGGAGUUGCAGCCGCCUCCGCCGCCACCCACGCCACCUCCAGCGCCGCCGCCCAUACCACAGCCACCAGUAAUCCAGCCAACACCACAGCUUGCAGCGCUCCCGCCCACCCCAGGCUCAGGCCACUUGGAGUCCCCCGAGGAUCCCGCCCCUGCCCCCACCCCAGCCCUUGCCUUAGCUGAAGACCAGGCCCCAGUCCCACCCCUGCCAGCUCCAGCUCUUAAGGCCGAACAGUCGCAGCGCACGCCCCCGCCCAUCAAAUCCCGCAAUCGCAGAAAUAAGGGCCCCCGUGCUGCUCGGGGCACGACCUGUGAGGAUAGCGCUCCUGGAGAGGGUGCUCGCGAACGGACGGCAGCCACCACGACUGACAGUAGCAGUGGUGGGGCUCCGCCAGCAGGAACGACUACCACUGGUGCCCGGCGCCACUGGCCACCCUUCCAGGUGCUUAACUCUUGUCCUUGCAAGUGUUACUGCCGCCACCAGCAACGCCAUCGCCGCCUGCCACGCAACGUGUCUGCCUGGCUGAGCACACCCACCAACCACCUGAGUGAGCCAUCCUGGGUUGCCACCAUCAAGUUGGCUGGCUCCCUAGUAGCUGGGCUGGAGCACUUCGACUUGCAGGCCACCCAUUCCAACUGA